UGUACAGUGGAACUGGCAGCACCGUGUUGGAAAUAGAUUUUUUUUCUACCACCGAAUCAAGUGACCAGCUUAUUUUUUCACGUACGACCAGGAGCUGAGCGGUGCGGGCGUCAAGUAGUUUGUGUUUCUAAGAUGCCAAUCAGAAGGUUGACCCAGACAUCACAUUCACCCUUGGUCUCUUCAUAUGAAAACAAAACGCGACACACCCCAUGCAUUUAGCUUUGACGUGUCGCCUGUGCGCUGGCCGUGUAGAAACUCAAGACCGGCGGGGUGUGGUGGAAGGUGGGGCAGAAGCAUCGUCAUGCGACACCAGUGUGGCGUGUAGAGACGAGGGCACGGGGAGUACAAAAGCAAGCAAGAGGACCAAACGCAAACAAAAAGUUUUUCGGUCCUUUGGUGACCUUCACUUUCACUGUGUGCAGUGUCAUUGGUCGACGGACUACCACGACCAGCACAAUGCGGAAGCCGAUUCGUCACCAUCUCAUGAAACCUUAGCAUGUCGUUCGUCUGGAGGAAGAGGGAGUUCGUCCGGGGCAGCCGGGCUGUACUUCUUGAGGGACACGAUUUCGCCCGCAUCUUCACCAAGCGGUAUCGCGGCAGCGGAGGACUGGCAUUUCCUUCAGAAGUUGGUCCGGCAACAUCAGAGGAGCAUCGUGUAUGAAGACGAGCAUCUGGGCAUCGUGUGGAAGCCACGGAAUGUCGAAACCAUGCGCUUUAAGCACGACGAGUGUCUGCUCUUCCUGGGCCGGUCCCAUUUGCAAAAGCGAAGUAAGAAGCUGGGCGAAAGCGUGCGAGAUCGAAAGCGACAAAGAAAGCAAGACAGACGGCGGGGCAAAAGAACGAACAUUAGCGAAAACGAGGAGGGAGAUGUCACAGGUCCUCGGCGUCAAGCAGAAAGCGCCGGGGUAGCAGGGCAGGGAGUAGAAAUGCCUCUGGGUGGUCAACAUGACGAUGACCCCAGUUGUGCGAGUGAAGAUGAAAAGGGAGCAAGCGACCAGUUGAAUGGAAAUAUCUGUUGGGAAUUUUCACCGGAGGAUUUCGAUCCGAUGUCCAGCCCGGAGCCUGUGCAUCGACUCGACAAAGAUACGGGUGGGCUUCUAUUGUUCGCAAAAACCAAGGCGUCUAGCCGCGCCCUGUGUCGCAUUCUGCGCGAGCAUCGAGUGCAAAAACGAUACCGGGCAAUUCUGCGGGGACAUGUACAGCUGCCAAACCACGAACACAGCACAACAGAACACGGUGGUGCAGGCGAACGAAGAGAUGUUGACGCUGCACACAGCAGGGAAGAUAGUAGCCAGCGAGCGCGGUCAGUAUUCGUAUCAACCUCGCACUCGUCGUCGGAAACGGGAGCCAGCGUCGGCAUCAAGCUUGUCCAGCUCGAACAAAUGCUGUUUGCCAACCUUUCGGCCGUGGACUCCGACGAGAAGGACCAAAUGCGAAGAAGUAGUCUACUGCCACCGACUUUCCACGUGACCCAGCCUAUCGACGGUCGAAAUUCGUGCACGGAGGUGCAGGUUUUGAAGUAUCUGACCGACAGAGUCCUUGGAAAGUUGACGGUGGUAGAUUUUUUUCCACGAACGGGGCGGAUGCAUCAGCUGCGAAAACACGCGAAGUUCUUGCAGUGCCCUAUUCUGGGCGACCGGCUCUACAGUGCUGAUGUGCAGGAAGCGAAGGAAAAAGUGUUUCCCACCACAGGUUUGUGUUUGUUCGCCUUGGGCCUGCGGUUCGAACAUCCCUUUGGAAAUGGCGUGAAUUCUGUUGGACAACUUUCCCCCAACCUGCUUCCGAGUCCACAAGUCCAACAACCCGGCGAAAAAGGCGCACUUUCGGUUUCCAUUUUAUCUGCACCAGCCUCCAGUGGUCGUCUAACACCAAGCCACGAGGAAUCCUUAAGAAGUAUGGAAAGUAGCGACCUCCACAUGGUGGACAAAAACGACACCGAGAAAGGCUGCUCAGCUUUGUUGCCUGUUUCGACCGAGCAUUUACAAGUAGUUGAUGUGCAAGUUCGCUCACUGGCCGAGCAAAGAGUGAACUACUGA